GAUUACCACGUCGCGUGGAUCUGUCCGUUACCUGACGUCGAGCUACCUUCCUCAAGAUUGAUGUUCGACGAAGUCCAUCCUACGCCGGAAUAUGACGCUCAUCAAGAUUCUAAUCAGUAUUACUGUGGCGUUGUUGCGGGCCACAAUGUCGUUAUGGCAACCCUACCUCUUGGAUACUCCGGCUACCACCAUGCUGGCCGUUUGAGCAGCGCUCUGCUCAACACAUUCUCCAACAUCAGAAUAGUCCUUAUCGUUGGGAUAGGUGGUGGUGUCCCAUUACCGAAGCCAUGCCAAAAUCCCCUGGAGGAUGUUCACCUUGGGGACGUCGUUGUAGGAUGGUCUCGAGAUGGAAAAGCUGCUUGUAUUCACUAUGGGUGGAAUAAGGAUAAAGGCGACGCGGGUAUUGAGACUCUCGGAACAAUGGAGAAAGGGGAUUGGGUUAUCGGACAAGGUCUCGCGAAACUGGUAUCCGACCAUGGAUUUGGCGAGACAAACUUCCAGGAUCACUUGAAGCUACUGCAAAACGACCCAAAGCUCGCUCAUCCAGGUCUUGAGCACGAUAGGUUGUUCCACCCUACUUACAAGCACCGGGGCGAUCAGGACUCUGGCUGCCAGACUUGUAUUCGUAACCCAUUUGCAUUAGUCCAAAGGCCCCCACGUACCAGCAAGCAUACGGAAAGAUUCAUUUUUCAUCAGGGGAAAAUAGCAAGUGGUAACUCUGUCAUAAAAGAUGGAGAGCGCAGAGACAAGAUUAGUAAUGUCUGUGGGGGCGUGCUUUGUGUCGAGAUGGAAGCAGUGGGCGUUGACGUUAGCAGCAAAUAUCUCGUUAUAAGAGGCAUCUCUGAUUAUUCAGAUUCACAUAAGAACGAUCUCUGGAAACUUUACGCUGCCGGCAACGCAGCAGUAUUCUCAAAAGAGUUGUUAAGCAAGAUCAAGCCG